UCCUCCUCCUCUUUCUCCUCCUUCUGCUCACCAGCAUUCGUUCGUCUAGCCCGCGCGAGUGCUCGAUAUGAUACCCUUCCACGCAGCUGCUGGUCUCGCGUCCCUGUUCGGCAUCGUACACGGUACCUGUGCGGACACCGCCUACGGAGCUACAAACGAGAAUGGUUUCGGAUGUGAUAGAUAUGCGUCUUUCCCCAAUCUGUGUCGGAGUGCUGGGUACUAUGACGACUGGGAUUUCCAAGCCAAUAAGAUGUGCUGUGUAUGCGGCGGCGGGGCUACGAGUACCUGUGCAGACACCGACUACGGAGCUACAAACGCAUGCAAUAUGGAUUGCGAUGCAUAUUCUUCUUCUCCGAGCUGGCUCUGUUCGUGGUGGUAUGACGACUGGGACUUCUCAGGUUUUGAUAUGUGUUGUGCAUGCGGCGGCGGGGCGCUGACGCCAGCACCUACGCCGCCACCGCCGCCGACGCCAGCACCUACGCCAGCACCUACGCCGGCACCGCCACCGACGCCAGCACCCGCGCCGCCGGCUGUGACUCCCGGUGCGCAGAUCUGGACUGUGGCAUCUCGCGCCAUGUCGGACGACACCCCGUCAGGGCGUCCAGGGGCGUGGUCGGAUGCCGUGUGCAAAAGCUAUUGUACUUUCUGGAGUAACACCUGGUUCCAAGCUCCGUAUUGGCUCGCGCCCUCAAGUCGGCCCGAGAUCGUAGGCAUGCAGUGGGCCAGACAAGCCAACAACAACGCGGGUGCGACCUCUGGCUGCAUCGUGCACACAAUCACCACUGGUGCCGGUUCUUAUGAGACCCGUCAAGCCUCGGCGGACGACGAAUGCAGCGGUAAGGAAAGCGUACCAGAUUUCGGUUCGACGACCUCCGAAUCACCACCGACCGGCGGUCCCAGUACUGAUGGUAUCUGGUCAAUAUGGUAUGCACGGUACGGUUGCACCGAUGGGUCGGGGGUGUCAGUGUGCGUCCGAGCGCGGUAUUGGUUCCCCACAACCACCGAAACGGGCACGAGUUCCGCUUCGCCCAGCAGCACAACCACCAAGACGACCACCACGACGAUCACCAGGACGGCCACGAGAUCCGCCACGUCAAGCACCACGGCCACCACAGAGACAGGCACGAGCUCCGCCACGUCACGCACCACAGCCACCAUAGAGACAGGCACCACAGCCACGGCCGACGUGGUGCUAACAGCAACGACUGCGUUAGUGAUUCCGGUGUUUGCAGGAUCAAAGGAGUUGGUGGUGGAGUCCGAGGAGGGCUUUUCUGUAGGGGAUGCCAUCGUGGUUAUUGGUGGCGGCAAUUCGGAGACACGUGCCAUCGCGAGUUUUGGAUCCAUUGUGCUCGAUGCGCCAUUGGACUACGGGUACCCAGCGGGCUCCAGCAUCACCAAGUUGGGCGGUAGUUAUUCGAGCAAUGUGCCAUCGGCGGAGGAGCAGCAAGUCUCCGAGGGAUUGCUUGCAGUCUUCACUGGUGUCGUGAUCGUCCUCCUGGCCUGCGUCGCGCUGGGCUUGGGCUACCUGAUGAGGCGCGGAUGUCCCAGCCGUGGCAGGGGCCCAGCGCACGACCGCGGCAUGCGCGACGAGCAGAUUGAGAUCAGCGUGUCGGAGCUGGACGCGGAGAAUAAUGACCACCAGGACCAGAAGGCUGAGCUGUUGGAGACCAUGGACUUUUGGUUCCUCCCAGUGGAAUCAGUCAUGAAAAUGCCGCGCAACAAGCCCAUGUUUCGCCACCAAGUGUUGAGGGACAUUGGUCUGCUGGUGAAGCGGACCAUGACCCUUGAGGAUGUGUUUGCUGGGCGGUAUGUUGCUGACACAGUAGCAGUGUCUCACCGCUGGCCAGAGCCAGAACACUUCGAUCCAGAUGGCAGCAAAUUGUGUGAGCUGCAAGACAUAUUAGCCAAGAACCCGUCGAUUAACUUUGUAUGGAUCGAUUGGGCAUGUGCACCUCAAUGGCACGGCGGCGGGCGGACCGAGGAGGAGGAAAAGGAGUUCAGGCUGAUAUUGGAGAACAUUUUGCCUUUCAUCUUUCUCGGGUCCACGGUUAUUGUACUGUACGAGCGUGUCUAUAACCAACGAUUUUGGCCAAAUGUGGAGUGUUGGAUCGCCACCAAGAUGGCGACGGAGGACGGGCUAGUGCCAGCUACCGAGGAUAGGCUCCGAUUGAGAGUCCACGGUAUACAGUCAGCAAAGUAUUCCAAUUGCACCGCCUUGGUGCUCGACAGUUGGCACCAUGCUAGUGCGCAGAAGGCCAUUCACACCCUGUCUCAAAAGGACAUCCUGGUCACAAACGCCAAGGACAAGGAUAUCAAUUUGAAGGUAGUCGGCUGUCUGGACGACAUGAUCCGCAGCCGCCACAUGUUGUUCAUCUAAGUAGUUGGUACCUUUCGCACAUGUGCGAUAGCUAUCCUCGUUCUUAUCCUUCCUUCGCACCGCCUUCAUCACCUUUGCGUGUUUUGUUCCGCUCCUUUUCUUCAUAUAUAGUAUUGUACAAACGGCGAGUGCGCCUGCUGAUCAGGUCAGGAGG